AUGUCUGAGUUGCAAAAACUGCUUAAGGAAGACAAAAUUAUAGUGCUCAACAUGGCUUCGGAUAUGUGUUGAUCGCCUUCACAGCCCUUCUUCAGCGCCAUGGGAGUUGUUGCUGCGAUUGUAUUCUCCUCCUUCGGCGCCGCCUAUGGAACAGCAAAAUCUAGCAUAGGCACCCUCAGUGCUGGGGUCUUACAUCCCGAUUUGGGCGUGAGAGCCAUCCUCCCCACCGUCUUCUCCGGCAUUCUCGCUAUCUACGGCCUCGUCUGCUCGGUCCUCAUCGCCAACAAAAUCGUUGUCACCCUACCACUCUACACAUCGCUCAUCAAUCUCGGUUCUGGUCUAGCUGUGGGACUGUGCAGUCUCGCCGCAGGUUUCACGAUCGGAAUUGCUGGAGACGCGGGCACGAGGAGCAUUGCUCAACAGCCAAGAUUGUUCGUUUCUAUGGUCUUGAUCCUGAUAUUUGCGGAAGUGUUAGGCUUAUAUGGCAUGAUCGUGGCUCUGAUCCUGGACACUAGAGCUGGGCUUGCGGGAAGUGAGCUGUGCUCGGCUUGA